CUGACAUCACGCGGGGCUCUGCGCGAUGAGCCCGUCACCAUCAGAGGGCGGGCUCAUAGUGGCGCGGAGCGGCGCGAUGCGGCAGCACUAGCGGCGCAUGGCGGCAAGCGGCGCGCCCUCGCGCCCGCCGCGCCGCGGGCCCGCGCCCAUCGCCUCCUUCGACCACGACGUCUCCGACGAGGUGAGGCCUCCAUCGAGCCCCGAGACGAAGCAAUCUUUCCGCCUGCCGGAGAUCGUCGAGGACGCCAGCUCGACCGGCGGCGGGGACGCGCUAGCGCCGCCCGCGCAGCGCGCGCGCUCGCAGUCCACGCCCGCGGCGGGCGCGGCGGCGGCGGGUGCUGCGGGCGCCCUCGCCGCGCCGGCCGCGCCGCGCAUCGACAUCUCGCGCGCCUCCAGCUCCAGCCACCACGACUCGCGCGACAGCUCGCCCGAGCUGGCGCUGUUCGCGGGCGCCGCGCCGUCGGCCGCCGAGGGGCUCGGCUUCCGCGAGGACGGCGCGCUGGACCUGCGCUCCUCCACCGAGGAGCUCGCCUUCCUGGAGCCGGCGCCGGCGCCGCCGCCCGCCGCGCCCGCGCGCCGCCACUCGCGCAAGGACUCGCAGGGCUCCGAGGCGGCGCUGCUGGCGGUGUCGGGCCGCACCAGCCGCCUGUCCAGCGUCGGCUCGCAGUGCUCGGCGCACUCGGCGCUGUCCGGGCUCAGCCGCGUCGGCCGCCUGUCCGUCGCUUCCGCCGCCUCGCGCUCGCCCUCGCCGCACAGGAUGCUGCUCGAGACCUCCUUCUGCGGGCCCAAGCCCAUCGAGACCGACCCCGAGCUGUGCGCCGCCGCCGUCGAGGAGCGUCUGCUCGAGAUGGCCAAGCUGAGCGCCGCGACGUCGCCCACGGCGGCCGCGCCCUCGCCGCCGGUGGACGCGCGCGACCGCCGCGAGGUGCGCACCGAGGCGACGGUCGAGCGGCCCGCGCCGCGUCAGACCUCCGCGCGUCCCGCCCCCGUGCCUUCCGCCCCCGCCCCCGCCGCUGAGCCCGCGCCGGCGCCCGCCCCGCCGGCGUCCGAUCCCCCGGCGCCCGCCGCCGACGACGAAAAGCGACAAAAAGAAACCAGAAAUCGAGUCCGAGCCGAGGAGAGAAGAGCGAGAUCGCGGGAGCGCCGCGAGGACCCGGGCGAGAGUCGGACAAAGAGUCGAUCGAAAGACAUCAUUCGGAUAAGGCUGAAACCGAGCGAGGAGUACGAGGACGACGACGACGACGACGCGACCGAGUGCGCGGCUCGCGGGCCGGCGCCGGCGCCGGGGCCGGGCCCGGGCCCGCGGGCGGCGCGCCCCACCGAGCUGGCGGCCGAGCCCGCGCCGCCGCGCGUGCCGCCGAUCCGCAUCAAGCUGCCGCGGCGGCCGCGCACCGCGUCGGCCAGCGCGGCGCCCCCGCGACCCGAGCGCGCCCGAUCUCGCAGCGGGAGCGAAGGAAUGGAAACUCGAUCGAAGGCGGAGUGGAUCGACUUCGAAGAAGUACCUGAAAAACGAAAGCAACCGAAGCGCAUCCAGACGCUGCCGAGCGCGGCGGUGGGUGCGGCGGGCGCGGCGGCGGCGCGCGACGUGGUGUUCAGCUACGUGGCGCCCGACGAGUGCCGCUGCGAGUGCCACGCGCGCGCCGACGACGAGACGCCGCUGCUGCUCGACGACGCGGAGCCCCGGCUUGGCAUGUCGCCCGAGGACGCGGAGGCGGGCGCGGGGCUGGCGAGGCCCUUCACCGCGGACCUGCAGCUGCGGCACGAGCCCGCCACGCCGCAGGAGCCGGCGGGCGCGCGGCCCUGACCCGGCCCAAAGCACGCCGCCAGCACGCUCGACGCCGCACAACAGACGUCCCUCUUCGACCUUUUAUAAAUUAUAUUCUCUACUAUUAACUCGUAAAGAGAUGUUAUCAUUUUGAGAUGUAAAUUUACCCGGUUCAUUAGGUGUAUGAUAUUUAUAGCGUCGUUUAUAUCUCUCCUAUUAGCCACCGUUGACCUUUGCAUUUUUUGAUGUUUAUUGAAUUGUUCGAGGUGUGUAUAUUUGAGGUUUUUAUGCGACCGUGUGUGAUAGAGAUGUAUGGUAUAUUCGCGAGCGCACGCAUAGCCUGCCUCAGGCGGCUCGCGGCUGCGGCCGAGCGCUCUGAGCCGGGGCCUGCAAAUGUGACUGGACUGGAAAUUAUCACCCGAAUCACGUGUAUCCCGGCAACCGGAAGCCAGAAUUCCAUUAAACUCGUUGUUAUAAGAUUUAAAUACGUUUUCUUGCAAGAAGAUCGAUUCACUCAUUAACCGGCAGCCGCCCAGUCGCAUGCAAUGGGAGAACCGAAUUGACAUGACUUCCGAGUAGUGACGAGGAGCCGCCCGGCCGCGGCCCGGCAGCCGGCACAGCCCGAGUGCUGCACCAGUUGGCAUCCCGUUUAUACAUUCCUGUCUGUGUACUCGUAGCAACCACUGUCUUCUGUUUGUGUCUAACGAUAAGUGUAAAUGGCAAUGCAAUAACUUAGUUACAUACAUUGAUGAUUUGUGAUAUACUUCCUAGGUGAAGCGAUGCAUGUUUUAAGUGUUAUUGUUAUUUGCGCACGAGCCUUCGAGGCGGCGGGCCGUGCAGGCCGUGCGGCAGUGUUCAGGCCCGCCACGGACGCACCGCGCCGAUAGAAUGGAUAAAAGAUUUCCUCUGCAUGAUCAAAUUCGCUCCUCAUGAGUAAUGCCUCUGUGAAUUCAAAAGAUGCUCUUCCUCAGUGCGUUUCAGUGUCUUUUAGACAUAAGUAUUGUAAAAAGAGUAACAAUCAUAGUAUCUAUCCUGAAUCACCAAACCCUUGUGAUGACGCUCUUGUUUAACUUUGGUAACUUAUAUCUUGUGCUUUCAAACAGGCAGACCCAUCCAGUUGGUAUAAAUUAUAAAAAUGAUUUCUUCUUUUAUUUACGAAUUAAGUAUGUUAGUAGUCGUGUACCAUGCAUCUUGAACGAAUAACAAACAGUGACUGCAACAGUAGGCUACACUGCAUCGUAGGAUGAAGAACGCUCAAACAAACACAUAGUGUGCAGUCGCUGUAUGUUGGAAACCAACUCGUUCGACAUUAAUUUGCCGUGACUAUGUUCCGUGAAUAUGAGCGCGUGGGUGCGUCCGAGUGCGAGUGCAGCGCGCCCGUACUGCAGCGCCACAAAGAUGCAUUUACUGUUUUACGUCUAUUGUAUUCGAUAACUCCAUGUUUUCUCCACUACCUUCGUUCGCCACACUACAAGCCCGACGUUGAGCAGUCGUCAUUUUUGCAAUUAUUUUGACAAAUACUAGCUUAGAAUAAGCCAGGAGUUAAUUGAUAGUUCUAACUUCUUACAGCAAUAAAAACUGCAUUUUACCCAGUUAUGGUGACAAAUUUAUCGAUAUGAAUGACAUGAACGACGACGGCUCGCGGGCGGCUGUGAGGCGAGCGAGGUGUUGGAUCGCUUCUCUUACUGUGUACCUGUCGUUUCGCUACGGACUUUUCUUUGGCGACUCGCGAUUAGUUUGUUUCAUUGACGCAAUAAUAAAUAAAAUGUAUGUACUAAUGUUAAAGGAAAUAAUUCUAUCAGUUUAGAAAAAGUCUGAAAUAUGAAGAAAAAAUAUAAAUUUUUGCUUUCCAA